GCCAGCCAGCCACCCGCAUGGCUUCUCGGGCUCCGUUGAGAGUCACGUCGGGGAGACUCUCGAGCAGCAGUGGAGUGAGAAGUUCAAAGCUCAGAAGCUGAAGCCGUUCUUCAACCUCGCCCGCGACGCGGGCGACGCGGGCCGCGGCAGCAACGAGGUUCGCAGGUUCCCGAUCGAGUCGGAGCAUGUGUCCGACCUGUGCGCAGACGGGCACACCAACUUCGACGGUCUCCUGCCCGGGACGGUGCACCUCCAGGGCUACGCGCUCGUGCUGCUGCUCUGCUAG